AUGUUUGCUCCAUCUGGAAGUCUUGGUAAUAGUAAACUAGAUGAAGUUUUAGCAAAGGAUAUUGAAGUAAAACAACUACUGCACAAUGAAAUUAAUGAACUUAAAGUCAAUUCUGAUCAACUUCAAAAGAAUCUCGAUCUUAAAACAUCACAGUUUGAAAAACUAAAACGUGACUUCAUUUUUAAUUUUCGGUUAAUCAAGGAGCGAGAUCUGGCGAUUAAUAAACUUAGUGGACGUGUCUCUUCUCUAAUCAAUAAUAUUCAUUCGAGGGAUAUUCUAAUUAGUGAAAUCAAAGUUUCCUUAGAUCGUACACAAUCAGAGCUUGCACAGGUGAAAUCAUCGGAAGCAAAAUUAAGAGAGGACAUUGAAGAAUCUCUCCACGAAACUGUCAAACGAGAACAAAAGCUACUGGAAAAACACAAUGCAAUAAUUGAGGUAUUAAGAAAAACUGAAACUGAAGAACGCAUCAAAUUGCAAAACAAUAUUAAUCGUCUUCAGUCAGAACUUGAGAAGGAAAGACUUCAUGCCGCUGUUGAACUGCAGACUGCAAUCGACGACGCAGUGAAAGAGAAAGAAAGACUCAGAGCUGAUACUGCACAAAAAAUCUUUGACCUAGAAUUACGUAUCCAUCUUGCAAAUGAGUCUGUUGAACUAGCUAAUAAAACUAAACAUGAUUAUAUAAAAGAAUUAUCAUCUAAGGAGGAAGAAAUAUGCAAUUUAAACUGUACAUUAAACGAAAUGAAUAAAACAAUUGAAUCACAAAGGCUUGAAAUUCAAGAUUUGCACACGCGGUUAAAUGAAUCCAAAUUGAAGCAGGUGUUACUUGAAUCAACUAAAGCUCAAAACGAAGAACUAGCAACGUCACAAAAAGCUGAGCUUACAGAAGAAAUUGAUAAACUGAAAUUAACAUUACAAAAUUCUGAUGAAAAAAUACUCACUAUCACUACUAAUUAUGAAGAACAAGUGAAUUCACUUCAAUAG